AUGAUGUCCGGCGAAGCAUGGCUUUUCCUGCUGGCUGUGUUGAUCAACGCGGUCAACCUGUUCCUACAGGUCUUCUUCACCAUCAUGUACAGCGACUUGGAAUGUGACUACAUCAAUCCGAUCGAGCUUUGCAACCGCCUCAACGCCUACAUCAUCCCCGAAGCGGCCGUUCAUGGCUUCCUUACAUUUCUUUUCCUCAUUAACGGCUACUGGCUGGCUCUUGUCCUCAACCUGCCGCUACUUGCCUGGAAUGCGAAGAAGAUCGUCGAGAACACGCAUCUCUUGGAUGCGACCGAGAUCUUCCGCAAGCUCAAUGUCCACAAGAAGGAAUCCUUUGCGAAGCUUGGCUUUCAUCUUGUCAUGUUCUUUUUUUACCUCUACAGCAUGAUUGUUGCCCUGAUUCGGGACGAGUCGUCCUAA